GUCAGCUACCACCUGCGGUUCAGCUUUAGUCCCCGUAAUGCCCCGGCCAAGGAGAAGUCUGAGCUAAACAUCAACAAUGACUUUGACUGGCACACUCUCAACUUGUUCCCCCUCUUCCAACUGCCCGGGCCCAGGGAGCAGUACGACCUCCAGGGGGGCACGCCUGGUUACUUCCGCGAGGGCUUCCUGGCAGUGCAGCAUGCGGUCAACAAGGCCAUCAUGCGUUCCUAUAACAGCACAGGAGCAGCCUGGCUCCUCUACCACACCCGGGUGGUCCUCCGCCGAUUCCCCUUCCCGCCGUUCAUCUACGACGUGUUCAUCCUGGCCAUCCAGAACCAGCUGCCCCUCCUCCUGGUGCUCAGCCUCACCUAUACCUCUCUGAACAUCGUGAGGGCCGUGGUACAGGAGAAGGAGAGGAAGCUCAAGGAGUACAUGCGGAUGAUGGGCCUCAGUAACUGGCUGCACUGGACGGCCUGGUUCCUCAUGUUCUUCCUCUUCCUCGCCAUCUCCAUGUUCUUCGUCACGCUGCUCUUCUGCAUCAAGGUGAGCCCUAAUGGAGCUGUGUUGACCUAUAGUGACCCCACCCUGGUCUUUGUCUUCCUGCUUGUCUUUGCCGUGGCAACCAUCAACUUCAGCUUCAUGAUCAGUGCCUUCUUCUCAAGAGCCAAUGUGGCGGCUGCGGCGGGCGGCUUCAUCUACUUCCUGUCCUACCUGCCGUACGUGUUCCUAUGGCCUCGCUACGACCUGCUUAGCCACGCCCAGAAGGUGUCUGCCUGCCUCAUCUCCAAUGUGGCCAUGGCCAUGGGAGCGCAGCUACUAGGCAUGUUUGAGGGCAAAGGCACGGGGAUCCAGUGGUGUAACCUGUUUGAGUCGGUGACGGUGGACGAUGACUUCUCCCUGGCCCAGGUGCUGGGGCUGCUGCUGCUGGAUGCCCUGCUCUAUGGCCUGGUGGCCUGGUAUGUGGAGGCUGUGUUCCCAGGGGAGUACGGAGUCCCUCUGCCCUGCUACUUCUUCCUACUGCCGUCCUACUGGUGCAGCAGCCCCCGCAUGGCCAUGGUGAAGGAAGAGGAAGACGUGGAGAAGGCUCUGAAGGGAGAGUUUAUCGAGGAGGAGCCAGCCGGACUGGUCUCAGGAGUCAAGAUCAAACACCUGAACAAGGAGUUCAAAGUGGGUAACAAGACGCGGCAGGCUGUCAAGGAUCUGACAGUGAACAUGUUCGAGGGCCAGAUCACAGUUCUGCUGGGGCACAACGGAGCCGGGAAGACCACCACACUGUCCAUGCUGACAGGUCUGUUUCCUCCCAGCAGUGGCAGGGCCUACAUUAACGGCUAUGACAUCUGUCAGGACAUGGCUCUGAUUCGCCACAGCCUGGGCCUGUGUCCGCAGCACGACGUGCUCUUUGACAACCUCACUGUCCAGGAGCACCUGCUAUUCUACACACAGCUGAAGGGGUAUUCCCAGGAGAAGAUUCCAGCUGAGGUGGACCGGAUCAUCAGGAUUCUGAACCUGGAGGACAAGCGACAUUCCCACUCCAAGACCCUGUCAGGUGGGAUGAAGAGGAAACUGUCCAUUGGCAUCGGCCUCAUCGGAGACUCCAAGGUGGUGAUGUUGGAUGAGCCCACGUCGGGCAUGGACCCGUCGGCGAGGCGGGCCACCUGGGACCUGCUCCAGGGCGAGAAGCGCGGGCGCACCAUCCUGCUGACUACGCACUUCAUGGACGAGGCCGACCUGCUGGGGGACCGUAUAGUCAUCAUGGCUGGGGGAGAGCUGCAGUGCUGCGGCUCUCCGCUGUUUCUCAAGAACAAAUACGGUGCUGGCUACCACAUGGUGAUCGUGAAGGAUGCGCUGUGCAACGUGUCUGAGAUCACACGGCUGGUCCACAUGUACGUUCCCAAUGCCACGCUGGAGAGCAGUGCUGGGGCUGAGCUCUCAUACAUUCUGCCCAAAGAGAGCACCAACCGGUUUGAGCUGCUGUUUGCAGAGCUGGAGAUGAACAGAGAGGAGCUGGGCAUCGCCAGCUAUGGAGCCUCUGUCACCACCAUGGAGGAGGUCUUCCUCAGAGUGGGGAAGCUGGUGGAUUCUAGCCUGGACAUCCAGGCCAUCCAGCUGCCCCCGCUGCAGUACCAACACGAGAGACGCUCCCACGACUGGACCAUGGACGACACCAGCAGCUACAGCGGCAUGACGGACGUCACCGACUUCACUGACAGCGGCACGCUCAUCUCCGAGGACUGCUCCAACAUCAAGCUCAACACCGGGGCCAGACUGUACAUGCAGCAGUUCUAUGCCAUGUUCCUGAAGCGGGCGCUCUAUAGCUGGAGGAACUGGAAGGUGAUUGUGGCCCAGUUCCUGGUGCCCCUGGUGUUCACCGUGCUGGCCCUGGUGGUGGCGAAGACCUUCCCCGGGCGCCACGACUCACCGCAGCUGAGGCUGGCACUGGGCCGCUACGGCCCCACCACCGUGCCCGUGGCCCUGGAGCCCGGCAAGGGACCGCUGGCAAUCGCCCUGGCACAGGUGUAUUCUUCACAAUUGGCCGCCCAGGAAGCCCAGGAUGUCAAUAUUAGGGACUUCACAGAGUACGUGCUCACCAAGACCGAGGAGGAGGGCGGGGCAUUCAACGAGCGCUGCGUGGUGGGUGCAUCAUUCAGAGGCGGAACGGGGAAGUUUGCAGAGGUCACGGCCUACUUCAAUAACCAGGGCUACCACACGGCCGCUACAGCCCUGAUGAUGGUGGACAACACCCUGUUCAAAAUGCUGGCCGGGCCCAACGCAUCGAUUAUGACUGGAAACAUGCCCAUGCCCCGCAACGUCUCCGAGAGCGCCCAGAGUCAGCUGACAGAAGGUCAGACAGGCUUUGCCAUCGCCAUCAACCUGAUGUAUGGCAUGGCAUCCCUGUCCAGUACCUUCGCCCUGCUCCUGGUCACAGAGCGUUCACUCAAGUCCAAGCACGUACAGCAGGUCAGCGGCGUCUACCUCUCCAACUUCUGGUUCUCUGCACUGCUCUGGGACCUGGUCAACUUCUUCCUGCCCUGCAUGCUCAUGCUGGUGGUGUUCCGGGCGUUUGGGGUCAAGGCCUUCGUAGCAGACAACCACCUGGUUGAUGUGUUAUUACUCCUGCUGCUAUAUGGCUGGGCCGUCAUCCCCCUCAUGUACCUGCUCAGCUUCCUGUUCUCCACCGCUGCCACCGCCUACACCCGCCUCACCAUCUUCAACAUCAUCAGCGGCACCGCCACCUUCCUCACCGUCACCAUCAUGACCAUCCCAGAGCUAUAUCUACAGGACCUGUCUCGUAACCUGGACAAGGUGUUCCUGCUCUUCCCUAACUACUGCCUGGGCAUGUCCUUCAGCCAGUUCUACCAGAACUACCAGUUCAUCACCUUCUGCACCCCCAACCCCGUGACCACGGCCUUCUGCCGUGCCUUCAACAUCACGUACCAGGAGAACUACUUCUCCAUGUCGGAGCCGGGGGUGGGGCGUUUCCUGGUGGCCCUGUCCCUGCAGGGUGUAGUCUUCAUCACCCUCCUCUUCAUCAUCGAGAUGCAGUGUGUCAAAACCCUCCGCCGCUUCCUCACCCACCUCGCCAGCAGACGUAAACAGUUGCCUCUGAUGGGGGAUGCGGCCCUACUGCCGGAGGACAGGGACGUAGCGGAGGAGAGGAAGAGGGUUCUGGAGUGUCAGCCCAUAGUAGAAUCUAUGGUGGGGAGCCCACUCAUUCUGCAGGACCUCAGCAAGGUAUACAGCAGUGGAGAAACAGUACUGGCGGUAGACAGACUCUCUCUAGCAGUGGGGAAAGGAGAGUGUUUUGGCCUGCUGGGUUUCAAUGGAGCAGGGAAGACCACCACCUUCAAGAUGCUCACCGGGGACGAGACUGUCACCUCUGGCGAUGCCUACAUUGACGGCUACAGCAUUCUGAGGGAUGUCAAGAAGGUACAGCAGCGGAUUGGCUAUUGCCCGCAGUUCGACGCUGUCCUGGAUCACAUGACAGGAAGAGAAACGCUGAGCAUGUAUGCUAGGCUCCGGGGGAUACCAGAGAAAUACGUGUCAGGCUGCGUGGAGAACGUGCUACGGUCCUUACUACUGGAGCCCCAUGCUGACAAACUGUGCCGCAGCUACAGUGGGGGCAAUAAGAGGAAGCUGAGUGCGGCUGUGGCUCUGAUUGGUGGACCCCCGGUAAUCUUCCUGGACGAGCCGUCCACUGGCAUGGACCGGUUGCUAGGCGACUGCUGUGGGACGCUUCCCCAGCACCUGAAGAGUAAGUUUGGCAGCGGCUACACACUACUGGCUAAAGUACGAGUGGACAAGGAGGUGGAGGAUAGCGACCUGCAACUCUUCAAGGACUUCAUCGAGAGCACCUUCCCAG